AUGGCUCUGAGCCGACACCUCUCCCUCCAGGGACUCUUUGUCCUCCUCCUCGGCACCGUGGUGGGUGGUCAAGAUCUGGAGCUGAGGCUGAAGGAUGGAGGUCACCGCUGUGAAGGGAGAGUGGAAGUGAAGCACCAAGAAGAUUGGGGCACAGUGAAUGAUUACAAGUGGGGCUUAGAAGAGGCAACUGUUGUGUGUAGACAGCUGGGGUGUGGAGCUGCUGUUGAUGCUCCCCAAGGAGCUCACUUUGGACCAGCACUUGGCCCCAUUUGGUUUUCUGUUAUUUACUGCAGAGGGACAGAGUCAGCUAUCAUGGAGUGUAGUUAUUCUACUGUUAAAGACUAUCGUCCUGAGGGCCUUUCCCAUGAUCAGGAUGCUGGAGCAGUCUGCUCAGGAUUUGUGCGUCUGGCUGGAGGAGAAGGACCCUGCUCAGGGCGAGUAGAAGUGCAUUCUGGAGAAGACUGGACCCCAGUGUCUGAUGGGAACUUCACAUUCCCCACUGCCCAGGUCAUCUGUGCAGAACGGGGAUGUGGCAAGGUUGUGUCUGUCCUUGGACAUGUGCCCUUCAGAGAGUCAGAUGGCCGGGUCUGGGCUGAAGAGUUCAGGUGUGAGGGGGAGGAGCCUGAGCUCUGGUCCUGCCCCAGAGUGCCCUGUCCAGGGGGCACUUGUCAACACAGUGGAGCUGUUCAGGUUGUCUGUUCAG